UGACGAUAUCUGUAUCCUCAUCAAACUCUCCUAAACCACAAAUCAUCACUGAGAUGAGCAAGGAUUUGCCAAGGAUAAUGCCUGUGUCCACAUCCACAUCGUGCAUGUUUAGGGUUUCACUGUGUCAAAAGAUCAAACAACCUAAUACACCAGAGAAAACCAGGAGGAAGAACCAGAAGAAAACAUACAAGAAGAAGAUGAAAGACGAGAAAGGAAAGAGAGGUUUCAUCAGACCCGGGUUGGUGUUUCCAGUUAAGAAGAUUACUUCUGUAAUUUCCGGUGCUUUCAGACGCAAGAAAACACUCAAAGUUGAAAACAGAGAACAGAGAGAUGAUUCUGAAAAAGAGACUACUGAAGCUGCUAAGACCAUGGCUGUUGUUAAAACAAAACCUAAGCAUUACUUACUUCAGAAGAAGAGUUUUUGGGGAAGCGCAAGAAUUGGACUGAAGAUACUCAUCAUAGGGCAAAGAUUGAAGACGAGGAGAAGAAAAAGAAGCGUAAGCUUCAGCGAGGGUAAUGGAGAUGAGGAGCUAUGCAAGAAGAGAAUACUAAUGGGUGAAAGAUGCAAACCGAUAAACCGGUCAGGUGUUUUGCAGUAUGAUGGUGAUGGGAUUCUUGUCCCCGAGCCAUGACCAUUGAUAGUCGUCAUAGUAUGUUGCU